UGAUAAACAAGCCCCCGAUCGAGAUGUUAAUAAUGCGACUUAUCAAAACACGGCGAACGGCAGCAGGCACUUGUUGAGCGGAUGAUUGCCGAGUGACCUUUGGCCCGGUAUGGGAGCGUCAUCCCAAUCAAAGCCAGCAACUACUGCACUCUCGUCCAUGCCGUUCGACCCUGCCGCCGGCCACUAACUGACACGGACGCACCGACACCACCCUUUGCAAAAUGCUGAGCACCCUGUCGCGAGUGGCGAGGCAAUGGGUGCGGCCGCUGGCGGUGCGGCAGGCGGCCACUGAGGCGGCCGACGGCCCUCGGAAGACGUGCCUGUACGACUUCCACGUGAAGCGGGGCGGACGGAUGGUGGACUUCGCGGGCUUCCUGCUGCCGGUGCAGUACACGGAGGGCAUGUCGGCGUCGCACCGCCACGUGCGCGAGCACUGCGGCCUCUUCGACGUCAGUCACAUGCUGCAGACGGAGGUCAGGGGCAAGGACAGACUUGCCUUUGUUGAGAGUCUCUGCGUCGCCGACCUGCACGGCCUGCCUGACAACGGCGCCACCCUCUCCGUCCUCACCACCCACAGCGGCGGCGUCGUAGACGAUCUCGUCAUCACCAAAACGCCACUUGGUUACAUUCACAUGGUUUCGAACGCUGCCAGACGAAAGGAAGUGUCAAAACUAUUGGCCGAUGCGAGAGAAAAGUGGGCGGCCAAAGGAAAAGACGUCGUGAUAAAGCACUAUGUACCUGAAGAUUGGGCCCUUCUAGCACUGCAGGGACCCAAGGCAGCCGCAGCUCUCCAGCCCCUGGUGGACAUUGACCUCGCACAACUCAGAUUCAUGACCUCUUCUUUGGCUGCAGUGGAUGGACAUGAAAGGUGUCGAGUAACUAGGUGUGGUUACACUGGAGAGGAUGGAUUUGAAGUGUGCAUUCCUGCCUCAAUUUCAGUUCCGGUCUCGGAGCAACUUUUGGCGUGCAAAAGUGGCCGAGUGCAGUUGGCCGGGCUGGGCGUGCGCGACUCGUUGCGAAUUGAAGCGGGUCUGUGUUUGUACGGCGCCGAACUAAGCGAGGAGAUUUCGCCGAUUGAGGCCGGGCUGACGUGGCUGGUGGCGAAGCGGAGGCGCGAGGCCGCCGACUUUCCGGGCGCAAGUUCCAUCCUGCAGCAAAUCCGACAGGGUCCGGCGCGCCGAAGGGUUGGGCUGCGUUCGCAGGGCGCGCCGGCCAGGGCGGGCGCCGUCAUCCUUGACCUCAAGGGCACCCAGGUGGGCCACGUGACCAGCGGGUGUCCCUCGCCCAGCCUCGGAGGGAACGUGGCCAUGGGCUUUGUGCAGGCCGCCUUCGCCAAGGCGACCACCAGGCUGCAGCUCUUGGUGCGCAACAAGGCUGUCGACGCCGAGGUCACCAAGAUGCCCUUCGUCAAGACCAACUACUACACCCCCGAUAAGAAGAAAUGAGAAAGAGAUUUUUCUUUCAUUAAAAAUUAUCGAUUGCCAAAAAUAUCAAACCUCAGUUAUGGAUAUUAAUGUUUUUUUGUAAUUUUGUAAAAUUAAACUCAUUUUUCCCGUUAUGAUCAAUAUUUCUUGUAGUGUUAUAUUAUAUUGUGUUUGAUUAUGGUGAAAUUAUUUUGUGUAAAAUAUUGAUAGUUUUGUAUACAAAUUAAUGGCCAGUUAAUUUCCCAAAAUAAAAAAUAGAAUCACAGGCCCUUGCAGCAGAAUGCUUUUUUCUGAAAAACUUGCAUGGAACUAAGCAACAAAUUUCAAUAAAGUUUCUGUCGUCUAGGAA